GAAAUGAGCGGUGAAUUCAAACCGAGCGGUAGCAGCACUAGCUCGACGCCGAACUCUCUGAGCAGUCAAAUGAAUCCCACCCAAGGUGUGGCCACCCCUCAACCAAAAACCGUCGGACGUGUUCAGGGAUCGACUCCGGCUAGUAAGUUGCUCAAUUACUUGUUCAUUUCGUUCCCACAUUAUGCUGGUUCAAUAUCUGGCUCAUCCAUAACGACACAAAGCGUUGCACCACAGUUUGCUGUUGCAACUCCGCAAUCGAUCACGCACAAUGCUAACCCAGAGGUUUUAUCGGCGUUCGAGUGUCCUGUUUGUAUGGACUAUAUGAUGCCACCGUACCUACAAUGUCAAAGCGGUCAUCUCGUCUGUGGAAAUUGCCGACCGAAGUUAACGUGUUGUCCUACGUGCAGAGGACCUGUCCCAAGUGUUCGCAACUUAGUCUUGGAAAAGAUAGCCAACACGGUGAUGUUUCCAUGUAAAUUCUCGAGUUCGGGCUGUCCACUAACAUUCUCGCACGUUGAGAAAGUUGAACACGAAGAGAUCUGUGAAUAUCGACCAUACUGUUGUCCAUGUCCAGGUGCAUCAUGCAAAUGGCAAGGAAAUUUAUCUGAGGUGAUGGGUCAUCUAAUGAAAGUACACAAAUCAAUAACAACGCUUCAAGGUGAAGAUAUUGUGUUCCUGGCAACAGAUAUAAACCUGCCGGGUGCAGUGGACUGGGUGAUGAUGCAGUCAUGUUUUGGUUACCAUUUUAUGCUUGUUCUUGAAAAGCAGGAGAAGUUUCAAGACGGCAAUCAGAUGUUUUAUGCAGUUGUGCAGUUGAUUGGUGCCAAAAAGGAGUCUGAAAAUUUCAUGUACAGACUUGAACUAGCCACUCAUCGACGACGGUUCAGUUGGGAAGCAUCACCGCGAAGUAUCCACGAAGGUGUGGCACAUGCAAUCUCACUGUCUGAUUGCAUGGCGUUCGAUACGCAAACCGCACAGUUAUUUGCUGAGAAUGGUAAUCUCGGUAUUAAUGUAACAAUAUCAUUGGUUUGA